UCCAGGACGGUGGCCGGAAAGAUUUCCCGUUUUUUGUGGCGUUUUGUGAUUGUUUCACUAGUGUAGUUCAACGACCGGGAGUUUCCUGGAAGGUCUUAAUCCGCUUUCCGCUGGGACAACGCCCGUUAGAGCCGUCCAUCCAGCCGAGGCCCAGAAAAGCGAUGUAGGCCAAAGCGGUCAGGAAGGACACCGUAAAAAUGAAUGGUUCCUCCACAAUGACGACAACGAUAAGCGGUAGUUCGGGGACGCAGCAGCAGCGCGGUGAGGGGGACACGGCCACCGUCGAAACGGUGACGAUCAUCAGCGACGAAUCGGAUUGCGAGAUAAACACACCGGACGUGAGCGCGAAACGGCGCGCCAUCUCCGAAUCCGAUGAAGGCCGUCGUACCAGCCGGCGCAAGAAAACGAAGGUGGAGUACGGGGACAAUGGAGCGAAAGCGGUACGCCCAGAUAGUGUCUGUGAAGGUGCCGAUGGCCAACAAACGGGUACACCCUCGACGGACAAGGACCGAAAAGGGACACCACCAAAGCCGCAUCUACAGGACGCGUCCACACCCCAGCCCAAAAUGAAGCGUCGUGAUGCGUCUGACGAUAAACCCUCGGGGACCGGUGGUGGUGCAGCUGGUGGUGCCGACACAGACCCAAAUCGGUACAAAGAACUCAUGACCGGGCUGGAAGGUGCCGCUUUCCAAUCUCGACUACCCGUGGACAAAAUGACGGCCUCGGAAGCGGUCUGCUUCCCGGAGAUAAUGCAACACGGGCUUGUGACGGUCCGGGUGUUCCUGAACGUACGGAACCGUAUCCUGCAGAUGUGGAUCGAGGACCCCACGGUCCAGCUGACGGUGGAGAACACACUGACCAAGAUGGAACCACCGUUCGACAGUGAUCCGGCCCUCGUCCGUAAGGUGCACGCUUUCCUCGAGCGCCAUGGGUUCAUCAACUUUGGCAUUUUCAAGCGAUUGAAACCGCUGCCGACGAAAAAGUUCGCCAAGGUGAUCGUGAUCGGUGCUGGCAUCUCAGGGCUUUCGGCCGCGCAACAGCUGCAGCAGCUCGGUUUCGAUGUGAUCGUCCUGGAGGCACGGGAUCGCGUCGGUGGACGUAUAGCGACGUUCCGCAAGAACGCCUAUACGGCCGAUCUGGGUGCCAUGGUAGUGACCGGUAUCUGGGGCAAUCCGAUCACCAUUCUCAGCAAGCAGACGGGCAUGGAGAUGUGCCCGAUCAAGCCAACCUGUCCCCUGUACGGAGCGGGGGGAAAACCCGUCCCCAAGCACAAAGAUGAUAUGGUAGAGCGCGAGUUUAACCGGUUGCUCGAAGCGACCAGCUACCUUUCGCACCAGGUGGACAUUAACUACGCCGGCAAUCAUCCGGUUUCACUUGGCCAAGCCCUCGAGUGGGUCAUCAAGCUGCAGGAGAAACACGUGAAGGAGCAACAGGUGAAGCACUUGGGCAGCAUUAUCGCCGAGCAGCGCAAACUGAUCGAGAAUGAAAAGCGACUGAAGGAAGCGUUUGCCAGGAUACGGGAACUGAAAGCAAAAGCGCAAGAACUCAUAGACACAAAGCCACCCAAGGUGACCCCGACGACGCUGAAUGAAGUGGUGGCGGGUGGGGCGAUCGAUGCAACCGCGGCCAAGUAUUUCGAUCACGAGUUUCAGCUACGAGUGACGGUACGGGAGGAGCAGCAUGCCUGGAAGGAGGUAGAACGAUUGCAGGCCAAUCAGGCGGAGAUUGAGGCGAAAAUUAAGGAGCUCGAAAACGAGCAAGUCUCCGAGGUGUACCUAUCGUCCAAGGACCGCCAGAUCCUGGAUUGGCACUUUGCAAACUUGGAGUUUGCGAACGCGACACCGUUGAGCAAUCUGUCGCUGAAACACUGGGAUCAGGACGAUGAUUUCGAGUUCAUCGGAAGCCAUACGACGGUGAAGAACGGUUACUCGUGUGUACCGCUCGCGUUGACCGAGAAUCUGGACGUGCGGGUUAACACGGCCGUCACCUGCAUCCGCUACCGACCGGGCGGUGUCGAGGUGACGGCGGAUCUCAAAUCCAACAACUCAUCCGUUUGCUACAAAGCCGAUCUCGUGCUCUGUACGCUGACGCUCGGUGUGCUAAAGGUGGCCAUAGCCGAAGAAUCGCGACAACUCAAUACGGUCCGGUUCGAUCCACCGCUACCGGAGUGGAAACAGUCCGCAAUCCGUCGGCUCGGGUUCGGCAAUCUCAACAAGGUCGUACUGUGCUUCGAGCGGAUCUUCUGGGACGCCAACACGAAUCUCUUCGGGCACGUUGGCAGUACGACCGCGAGCCGUGGGGAGCUGUUUCUGUUCUGGAACAUCUCGCAAUCGCCCGUCCUGCUCGCACUAGUCGCUGGUCAAUCGGCGGCCAUCAUGGAGAACGUGUCGGAUGAUGUGAUCGUUGGACGGUGCAUCGCGGUGCUGAAGGGUAUCUUCGGGAAUUCGGCCGUACCGCAACCGAAGGAAACGGUCGUCACACGCUGGCGGGCCGAUCCGUGGGCACGCGGUUCGUACAGCUUCGUAUCGGUCGGGUCUUCCGGCAGUGAUUAUGAUCUCCUGGCCGCGCCCGUCACUCCGCCAGCACCACCACCAGAACCAAAACCAUCUACCAGCACUGCCACAAACAACACAACAGCUCCAAGCACUAGCGCUGGUAGUAGUAGCGCCGCCAGCAGCAGCAGCAGUAGUAAACCACAGCAACACCAUGACAACAGCAGCAGUAGCAGCAGCAGCAAUGGUCGCCGCCGUACUGGCGAGGGCGAUCCCAAAGCAGGCCCCGACGACGGUGAGGAAGGUGCUUUCGAUCCUAACCAACCGGUUGAGAUUCCGCGGUUGUUCUUCGCUGGCGAGCACACGAUCCGCAACUAUCCCGCCACCGUCCAUGGGGCACUGUUGAGCGGUUUGCGAGAGGCGGGCCGCAUCGCUGACUACUAUCUCGGUUUUCCUAGCGCGUACCCUGAAUCACCGAAGGAGGAUGCGAAGAAAUAAUGCCUUUUGGAGGAGCGAGCCCCCCCUCGGUCGUCUACUGAACGCACAAGCCCACACUUAGCAUGAGCAGGGGGAUCUUACUGCGCUCCUUUUCAUUCUCUACUCCAUGUUUUGUCCUUUGAACUACACUACACUUAGACACA